AAAUUUUUAUUAUUCAAUACAGUAUACAUAAUCACGUAUGUAUUUUCUAUAUUUAUAUAUGAUUAUAUAUACUUAAAUAUACUUAUAAUUUUUUUAGAAAAGUGUUAAGAUUAUACUAUUAAAUUGUUAUUAGAUUUCUCAUUUAUUUGAAUAUUGAAAUAGAAUUCCCGCUUCGAAUAAAUUUGACAAUGUUACCAAAUUCUACAAUAUUUUACUAUAUUUAUAUAUAUAUUAAAUAAACUUUAUAUCAAUAAUACAGUUGGCUAUACUGUUAAAUUGACAGUCUGUUUAAGAAAUGGUUGUAAAGUAAAGAUGGCAGUAAGGGGUGAUGCACAAAUUGUCCUCUUCGUUAUUUUGUGUAUUUUCUUAUUAAAAUCGUGUAAUGGAGCCGCGACAGAUAUUGAAUUAGAUGCAAAAGCACAGCUAUUGCAUAGACUUGAUAGUUUAAAUCUUUUAUUAUACACAUUUUUAUUGAUAUUAACUGUUUUAACAAUAUGGACAUUUAAACAUCGUCGCCUUAGGUUCCUCCAUGAAACUGGUCUAGCUGUCAUUUAUGGAUUAAUUAUAGGAGCAAUAAUACGUUAUGGAUUUACAACAAGUAGUACUAUUCUUCAUAUGCCUGUUGUACCAGACAACAGCAGUAAAUAUAACCAAUCAGUUCCUCCCGAUACAUUAUGGUUACGUUUUCCGGAAGAUAAAGGAGGUGGUAAUAUUAUUAAAAAUAAAACAUUUGCCUAUUUAUUCAGAGGAGAGAUUUAUAAACAAGAUAAUGAAAUAGAUUUGAAGGCCACCUUUGAUUCUGAAAUAUUUUUUAACAUUAUUUUGCCACCAAUUAUUUUUCAUGCUGGGUAUAGUUUGAAACGUAAAUAUUUCUUUAGAAAUUUAGGAGCAAUUCUUAUGUAUGCUUUAAUUGGAACAUCUAUAUCGGCUUUUGUUAUUGGAGCUUUGAUGUAUGCUUUUGUACAAUUAAUACCACAUCUCUCUGCUUCAUUUACAUUUUUGGAUACUUUAUAUUUUGGUGCAUUAAUAUCUCCUACAGAUCCAUUAACAAUAAUUUCUAUUUUUAAUGAUUUACAUGUAGAUGUAAAUUUAUAUGCUUUAGUAUUUGGAGAAAGUGUGUUAAAUGAUGCAGUUGCAAUUGUACUUAGUGGUUCCAUACAAAAUUAUGGAGAACGUUAUCAAUCAGGUUCAGGUGGAUUUGAAACUGUAGCAUUUUUUCAAGCAUUUGGUGAUUUUGUUGGAAUAUUUAGUUUAUCUUUAUUUAUUGGUGCUACCAUGGGCUGUAUUACUGCUUUGUUAACUAAAUUUACUAGAGUCCGAGAUUUUCCUCUUUUGGAAUCAGCAUUAUUUGUUUUAAUGUCCUAUAGUACUUUCUUAAUUGCUGAAGCAUCUGAUCUUACAGGUGUAGUUGCAGUCUUAUUUUGUGGUAUUUGUCAAGCACAUUACACAUAUAAUAAUUUAAGUCCAGAUUCGCGUCAACGGACAAAACAACUAUUUGAACUUUUAAAUUUUUUAGCAGAAAACUUUAUAUUUAGUUAUAUUGGUGUUUCAAUGUUCACUUUUCCGAAACAUCAUUUUGAUCCAGGAUUUAUUUUUGCAGGAUUCUUAUGUGCAUUAUUAGGUCGUGCAGCUAAUGUAUAUCCAUUAUCUUUUAUAUUAAAUUUGGCACGAAAACCAAAAAUAUCGCUAAAUUAUCAACAUAUGUUAUUUUUUGCUGGUUUACGCGGAGCUAUGAGUUUCGCUCUAGCAAUUAGAAAUACUGUCUCUGAUGCUCGACAAGCAAUGUUAACAACAACGAGUUUAAUUGUAAUUCUAACAGUUAUUUUUCAAGGUGGUGCAACAACCCAAUUUUUAAGCUGGUUUAAUAUACCAGUUGGAGUAGAUGAAGAAAUAGAAGGAUUGUCACAUAAUGGAAUGCGCAGUUCUGGUGGCGAAGGUGGCUUUGGAGAUCUGGACAUACGUAGGGAGAGAAGUCCGCCGUAUAAUUCUAUGCAGGAUGGAUCAUUACCAAGCAGUGGCAUAAAACCUAAUGAAAAAGCAUUACUUGCCAGAAUCUGGGGUGAUUUUGACACGCGCUACAUGAAACCACUUUUAACUCACUCCAGACCUACAUUAUUGGAAACAUUGCCAGUUUGUUGUACACCUUUAGCUAGAAUUCUUACAACAACGCAACAAAUGACACAGGAUGAAGCUGUUAGAAAAGCAGAUUCAGAUUCAGAUUUUUGUCUCGAAGAUCGUGAAUUGGAGCGACGAAGGACUAGUGUCCAACCGAGAAAAAGAAAUGAUGAUGAUGAUGAGGACCUAAGAAUCAUUGGAAUGGAAGGAUUUAUUCCGUUAAGAACAUUGUAACGAGACAGAAGCCAUUGAAAAUAAUGUUUUGAGAAGAUUAUUUUUAAAUGCUUUAUAUUAUACUUAGGAGUAGGAUUAAAUAUUAAAAAUAAUUAUAUAUUUUGUAUAUAAAAUUUUUUAAUAAUAGUUUUAAUUUCUUUAUAUCAAUAGUAAACAAGUUAAUAAUAUUCUCUCUAUAUAUUUCUCAAUUUUUUGCAAUUUUAAAAAAAAAUUUAUUAUUUUUUUCAUUUAAAAAAUUUGAUGUACAGUAGUUAUUUUUUAAUAAUUAUUUAUUAUUUGAAAAUGAAUCUUCAUAUUUCUAUAUAUUCAUGUUAAUUUUAAAUUAUUUUAAAUUAUUUAAUACAUUUCUUUUUAAAUAUUAGAAAUAAUAUUAUACAACAAAUUAUCUGUACUGCAUUUAUUUCUUGUCUUCUUAAUAUUAUAGUGCAAUAUAUUUUAAUGUAAAUGUAAAUUAUGAAAAUCAAAACACAUGUAGUACAUAAUAAUGGGUUUUGAAAAUGUACAUAUUGUGAUUUUUUUGAAAGUAUUAAUAUAAUAUAAAAAAAAUAAUUAUAAUAAUAAUAAAAACUUCAAUAGAAUUUUGAUCUAUAUUAAAGAUUUAUAUAAAAUUACUAUCAUUUUUAAAUAUAUUGUAAUUGAACAUUAAACAUAAUUUUCAGUGUUCAAUUAAUUGUUUUUGAAUUUUUGAAUCUUUUUAAAUCUCAUUAUAUCUCAACAAUAUUAUUAAUAAUUACAAGAUUUAUGAAGUAAAUAUUAUGCAGUAUAAUUUCUGUAAUUUUUUUUAUAUUAAUUAUAUAUUUUAUUUAUUUAUUGUUAUAUUGGAGAAGGAUCUGUUUUCAUCUAUCAUUUAAUGAAUGUUAUUGCAUGUAACCUGAGAAACCAAAUUACUUUUCAGGCAUCAAUUUUUCAUAUCAGAAAUGCCAUCUAAAAAUUGCCGCUUGCACACUACUUAUGCUAUUAGUAACAAAUAAUUUCUGCAAAAAAAAUAAUCUUUUAUAUCUGCUUUCUAUACAUUAUUUAUGAAUAUUUCUUACUAUAUAAUUAUACUAAAUAUAUUUAUUUUUAAUUGUUGGUGUAAAUUUUGCUACAUAGCACUUGCAUAUAAUUUAGUGCACAUAUAGUUAAUUUUAUUUAAUGUAAUUUAAUAUCAUCAAAAGAAAAUAAAAUGUAUAAGUGUUUUACAAUUUUAUAUAUUUUAUGUUUAGAAAAUUUUAAAAAAUUAUGGUAGUAUUAUUAAAUCAUAUAUUUUGUUCAAGAUUUUUUAAAAAUAUUGUAUUAUUGUGCAAUCGGCAAAUAAUUUAUUUUGAUAAUAACAAAUAUGUAAUUAUGUUAAUAUAUAACUGGUAUUUUUCUAGAAAAUAUUUUUAUUCUGUGUAAAUUACUGUUUUUUAUUAUGUAAUAUUUUUUGUACAUUUAUUUUUAAUUUUUCAAUUUUUGAUUUUAUUAUAGCAUAUAUUGCUUAUUUAUAUUUGGUUUCUCCACAGACACAUGUAAGGAGCUCUCAAACAGAACACGUUUAUAAAAAAUAAAUCCAAUAUGAUUUAUUAAA